AUGUCUCGGAUCGCUUUAGCUCCAAUUAGAGACUCAUCUCUCAACAUAUCAUCCCCUUCAAAGUCUCCAAGCGGCCUCAAGAGACUGUACACUUCACCUAGUUUACCCUUGACACCUAAUGGUAAGCACAGACUUUCGCAAUCUCAUUUCCCACACCAACCACAUCAUCUCCAAGCACAGACUUUCGGAGCUGGGAGCGCACAAUUGCAGAAAUAUACCACACCAAAAAGCUUGACUGACACUUUCUUCAAUGACCAAAACCUUACACCGAAUUCCACUUCAACUUCUCCUGGGGGGUCGGAUUUUUUGGAAUCUCCAGACCUGAAGACCGCAGCAGCAAAGUCACUAUCAUCUACCCCUGAUAGAUCUGCUACAGCAUCAUUGGCAGCAACCAAACUUAAGUUGAAACUUCAACUCGCAAUUUACAAACUUCAGAAAAAGGGCCUUGUAGGAGGAAAGCUUGCUUCCAACAAAAAUAAUAAAAUUUCCAAAUCUUACAUCGCUGCCAGUAUUAACCUUAAUUUAAAAUCAUUAACUUCUGCAUCAAAUUCCCACAUUACCAAGCCAUCGAACACCUUCGGCUCUAGCUCCAACAAAAACAAUACCAACCUUACUUCCCUUCCCACUUUGAAAAAGAAGAAACCAUCAUUAUCUGCAACAGCAUACGACAAAAAUUUACUUUUAUUCAGGAACUCCCAAAAAUUAAAACUUUACAGUAUAAAGAAAGAUUCAAAGUUCUAUGCAGACAAGAAGGACAUCCCAUUAGAACCUAGAACAGUUGAUUCGCGCACCGAACAACAUCAAUUUGCAUCUACAUCGUCACCGGCAACAACAUUCGCGACCUUCCCACCAAGUGUGAAGACGAAAAUGGUUAGACUGUUGCCUCCAAUUAACAAAAUAUUGAAAACUCCACUCAAAGCCACAACAAGAAACCUCGUGAACCCAUACUUGCCACAUGAUAAGAGAUAUAAACUACCAUAUAAUAAUACAGAUGAAACGAUCGAUGAAGAUGAUGACGGUCCAAUAAAGGAAAGCACCAGUAACUCAAUUAAAGUUGCAGGUAAAGAUAAUUUGCUUAGCUCUUCACCAAUCCAAGCCAAUUCCUUUGGAACACCCAACUCGUUCAGUGUUGCAAAAUCAUUACUUCAACUUGGAUCUGGCUUUUACAAUUGA